AUGGAAUUUCUUCUCCAAGACCUUAACACUUCAAUUAUUGUUAUAGCUAUUGCUUUUUAUGUAGUUUUUCGUUAUCUUUCUGGCAAUGGCAAUAACAAGUCCCAGAAGAAUAAAUCACCGCCUGAAGCGGGUGGAGCUUGGCCUAUUCUGGGCCACCUUCACCUUUUCAGAACUUCUAAACUUCCUCACGUAGCCUUGGGAGACAUGGCUGACAAGUAUGGACCAGCCUUCACAGUCCGGAUUGGCGCGCACAGAGUAUUGGUGGUCAGCGACUGGAAAUUGGCGAAAGAACUCUCCACUGUCCACGACGUUCACAUUUCGUCUCGUCCCAAGUUUCGAGCCGCCAAAAACAUGGGCUACAACUACAUAAUGUUCGGUUUCUCUCCCUAUGGGCCUUACUGGCGCGAGAUUCGCAAGCUGACCUCCAUAGAACUAUUGUCCAACCGGCGGCUUGAACAGCUGAAGCACAUAAGAGUGUCGGAGAUCGACGCCUCUGUAAAGGAGCUCUAUAAGCUUUGGACUGAAAAGAAGAACAAUUCUGAACCUUCCGGCGGCCGUGUUUUGGUGGAAAUGAAGAAGUGGUUCGCGGACCUAACAUUCAACGUGGUCCUUCAAAUGGUGGCCGGGAAACGAUACUUUGGUACUGCAGCGGUUAAUGAUGAAAAAGAGGGGCGACGUUGCCAAAGGGUGUUGAGAGAUUUUGUUAAAUCUCUUGGGGUUUUUGUGCCGGCGGAUGCCCUGCCUUUUUUGGGAUGGUUUGAUAUCGGCGGGUAUGAAAAAUCCAUGAAACAAGUUGCUAAAGAAAUGGACUCUCUUAUGGACGAAUGGAUACAAGAGCAUCGUGUAAAGAGAGAGGCGACGGCCGGUGAGGGAUGUAUUGCCAUUGGCGACGAGAAAGAUUUCAUAGACGCGAUGCUUUCACGAAUGGAAGAGAUUGAUCUUAAUGGUUGUGACAUAGACACCGUUAUCAAAUCUACGUGCUUGAAUUUGAUUGCGGGAGGAGCAGAUACGAUCAUGGUCAUGCUAACGUGGGCUCUAUCUUUGAUGAUGAACAAUCCCCAUGUGUUGAAGAAGGCUCAAGAAGAACUAGAUAUGGUGGUUGGCAAGGAAAGAAAAGUAAAUGAAUCAGAUGUUAAUAAUUUGGUAUAUCUGCAAUGUAUUAUCAAAGAAACACUUAGGAUGUACCCGUCAACUCCACUUGGAGGUCCAAGAAUAUUCACAGAAGAUUGCAAAGUAUCAAAUUUUGAUGUUCCAAAAGGCACUUGGUUAAUCUUUAACCUAUGGAAACUCCAACGAGAUCCACAAGUUUGGACUAACCCUCAUGAAUUCAAUCCAGAAAGAUUUAUCAAUCGCCAUAAAGAGGUUGAUGUUUUGAGACAAGAUUUCGAGUUGAUUUCAUUUGGUGCUGGUAGAAGAAUAUGUCCAGGGAUAAGUCUUAGUCUUCAAAUAUUGCCCUUGGUCUUGGCUAAUUUAUUACAUUCCUUUGAGCUCUCAGUCGCUAAUGGAGCAAUUGAUAUGACUGAGACAACUGGAACAAGCAAUUUCAAAGCUGCACCACUUGAAAUUCUCAUAGCUCCUCGUCCCUCUGUUUAUCUGUAUUAGUUAAGCACACAUUAAUUAAUAUGUGCGCGUGUUUGUUUGUAUCUGUGUCUGUGUAUGUAUGUUCACUGGAAAGAGCCUCCAUGGACAUCAUGAUUUACCA